AUGACCGACAAAGAACUCUCACAUGGAAUUGAACUUGAGCAGGCGGAAGAUAUACAGACGGUAGACCCGACAAAGCCUCCCUCGCAUGCAUAUGCAGCCGAUGAUACUGGUGGUUCCCAUCACAAAACUUCCGCCGAGCGUUCACUCGUCUUAAAGUCCGACCUCUCAAUCAUCCCUCUCGUUUCCUUGAUCUAUUUUGCAGCCUACUUGGAUCGAAACAACCUAGGCAAUGCACGUCUUAUGGGCCUUCAAGAAAGUCUGCAGAUGUCAAAUCACCAGUAUGACAACUGCCUUAUGAUGUUUUAUGUCGGUUACAUUAUAUUUAUGAUACCUGCAAAUAUAUUCCUGCGGGCCAUCGGACCGCAUCGACAGCUGGGGACCGCUGUAACUGCCUUCGGUGUUAUGAUCUGCUGUUUGUCUGCAGCGAAAAGCUCGGGCACGGUGCUGGGCAUUCGUAUUCUCGUCGGUUGCUUUCAGGCAUUCAUACAAGGUGUCGGAGUGUAUCAGUCCUUUUGGUAUAAACGGAAUGAGGUAGCCACUCGUGCUGCCGCCUACUAUUCGGCUGCCACGAUUUCAGGCGCCUUUAGCGGCCUGAUCGCGUACUCUGUCAACAAAAACCUGUCGGGCGUGGCAGGGAAAGCUGGCUGGCAAUGGCUCUUUAUCAUAGAGGGAUCCAUUGCCAUUGCUGUUGGCAUUGCUACUUGGCUUUUUCUUCCUCCAUUUCCGGAUCAGAUUAAAGACGGCAAACGCUGGCCCUUCACUGCGCCAAAUAUCCAGCUGGCAAAAACGAGAGCAGCUUCAUACAAUACCCUUGAUGCAAGGAUUGAAUUGAAGCAGAUUCUCGAAGCUCUCAAAGAUCCUAAAACCUACUUUUUUGCUUUCAUGAAUGGCGGUGUUGCGCUUGGAAUUGCAUCGGUUGGUGUCUUUCUUCCAACAUUCAUUCGAGCAUUUGGCUACUCAAAUGAGAUGUCUCAGUUAUUUUCCGUGAUUCCAUACGGCUGUGCAACUUUGUGCAUGUUGGGUUUAGUGAUAAUUUCUGACCACCUGAAGCUCAAGGGUGUGAUGCUUCUCUUUUGCAUCUCCCUCUCAUGUGUCGGCUAUAUAAUCCUCAUUGUCGUGAGCUCGAUCCCAGUCAAGAUUUUUGCCACAUGCCUCGUCGUUUCUGGACUAUAUCCGUCUGUUAUUCUCGGUGCCACCUGGCUUGGUAUCAACACCUGUGGAUACACCAAGCGAGGAACCGUGUGGGGAAUCACCGAAAUAUUUGGGCAGUGCUUCUCAAUCAUGGGUACGCAUAUCUACACCAAUCCACCGAGAUAUAUCAAAGGGCACGGCAUUCUUUUGGGAUUCUUACUUUUCAGUAUCCUGAACGUUGUGAUGGCAUACUUCUGGAUGAAACGCUUGAACUUGCAGAAAGAAAAGACCAUACGGGAAUAUCGUGAUCGUGGAGAGACUCAUCCGGAUACAUUGAAAUCCCUUGAAGAAGUUUACGAUCAUCAUAUUCACUUCCGCUAUACACUUUAG